UUGCAAGAGGGGUCUUCACAUUAAGUCAGUGUAGCAGUGAAAUGUUCAUGAUGCCUUCACUGUCAUGGGUUGGAUGGACUGUUUUCUGUCUCCUGCUCUGGAGAAGAAUGCCAGCUCAGAGUGUGGAGGCGCACUGCUCUGUGGCACCCGUGGGGGUGCUGCACCCUGUCCGGGGUCUGCUGGAGAGUUUUGAGGCCGGUUCAGGCUGUGCUGCAAGAGAACGCGGGAACAAGGAAACUCAUGUCAUCGCAGUGGGGAGAGUGACAAACAGUGAAAACAAGGUGACGGUGUUGCUGAAGCCUUUGUCUCUGUUCCCCUCGCCUCUCAGAGCCGUCCACCUCCUGCUCAGCUCCAAGCUGCCAGUCAGCUGGUGGCUGGAGGCUGAGAGACUGCCCCCCAAGCUCCCAGUGCUGGUGCAGGUGUCCUCCAACUCCAGCGUGCACUCAGACACCCUGCAUUUGAAUGUCCAAACGGUGCAUUCAAUACCUUAUCAUCCAAGUGUGCUGCACCGCUGGGCUCUGAAACACCAUGGCAACCUGUCCUCUCUGACACACACAACGCACGCCAAUAGAGUCUACGUCCCAUUGGGGGAGGAUCCCACUCUGCCUGCUGUGUGCCAGCUGCAGUCCAUGUUCCUCUCUCGCAACUACAUGACCUCUGACCUGCAGCCACAGGAAGUGCAUGGCUGCAGUGACGCUGUGCCGGCAGGUGGGAUCAGCCCUGAAGUCCAUGUGAUCAAGCUCCAUUCAGCGGGUUCGGGGCUCUGUGGCUCUCUGCAGGUGGAGGUGAUUGUCUCUCUGGUGCCCCUGGUGGCCAACUCAAAGUACCAGAAGGUUGUGUUGAUACUCAGCAGCUCUGUGUCAGUCAACUGGGCCAUUGAGGCUCAUGCUGUCCGGGGACACAUCUCUGUUCAUUCCUCCAACAGUGUGUCCCCACCCUCCCCCUCUGAGCCUGACCUCACCCUGUUCAGCACCCUUAACUCCGGCCUGUCCACCAUACCUGACCUUCUGGCGUGGGCCCGUGACAGCGGCUACCCCACGGUGACCUCAUACACCGAGGCCGACCUGGCUAAUCGCUUUGUGAUCCAGCUGGCUGGGGGCGGGACAGACGCGGUAACAGUGAUGAAUCCUCUGGGUGCGAGGCCUCCUUGGGCCGAGGAGCGCAGGCUGAGGCAGUGGCUGAACGGUGGAGGCACAGCGGGAGGAAUCAGAGAGAGUUUCACGGUGCAGUGUGAGGACGGACGCCUCAGCGUGAUCGUAGACCAACACAUCCUGCAGAGCUUGUCUGUCCCCGUGGCUGCCGUGACUCUACAAGACUCGACAUGCCAGGCUCAGUCCAAUGGGAGUCAUUUCCUGUUGGUGUUCCCAGUCAUUUCCUGUGGGACUGAGGGUCUGCUCCUGGGACAGCCUAAAGGGGUGCAGUACAAAAACAUGUUGUUAUUAUGGAGAGACGAGCCACGGACCAAUAUGGCACGCAAUGAGACCAAAAUGAAGCCCAGAAAUCCACUCGGCAUACAUUUCAGCUGUUUGGCUGCAAUCCCCACCCUCCCUGCAUUUGCUGAUGAUGAUGUUGAUGUAAACACUCCUCCGGCAGGGCUGGUCCCCUGGGUACCCAAGAGUCUGGGGGCCGCCCCAGGACUGAGCCGCCUACCGACUCCUAGACACAGAUCUGGGCCUGUUCUUAUUUUGAAACUCUUUGUCAAUGAGAACUACGAGAACAGACGGAUUGGUCCCUGCGUCAUUACUGCAGACCACCGUGUCUAUGUUGAGAUUUCAGCCAAAGGGUCCUCUGUAGAUGUCUUGGAGGUGAAGUCAUGUGUGGUCUCUCCCCUGUCAGACCCCAAAAAGUCACGUUUCUGGACUGUCAUAAGUGAUGGCUGUUCCUCAGACCCCUCACUCACCCUCAAUAAGAAGAAAACAGAUGAAGAAGAAGAAGAAGAAGAAGAGGCCAGAAGUGAUGGUGAACUGGAGGAGGGAAAUGAAGAGAUAGAGGAGCAGGAAAGAGACAGAGAUGGAGGUGUCCCAUACCGAUAUAACAUAGAAAGAAAUUGGAGAGAAGCACCAAAGUGGAUGGAAAAGAGCAUUACUCAAGAGGAGGAAGAGAUACGGCCCUUGAGGUUUAGUUUCAUCAUGCGACCGGUUUUUAAUGACUCUAUGCAGUUCCUCCACUGCAGCCUUCGCAUGUGUUUGUCUGACUCAAAAGUAGGGGAACGCGUGAAGGAAACAGUGGAGAAUGACUGUGAGGAUGGCAUACGUAUCCCUCCACUUGUGUAUGGGGCAUCCAGACAUAAGUGUGAAAUCAGAAACCUCUCCAGACCCAUGGUGGUCACCCAGCCUAUUAGUUCACUGGCACCCAGAAUGCUGAGGCCCCCUGCUGGUCAAAGAACAAAGAGACUGAGUGUCUCCCCUCUGGCUGGUCCAGACCCAGAACACAGCAGCUCCGUGGUACAGACAGGACCAGUGAUUGGAAUCGUCUUUGCUGCUUUUGCGAUGGGUGUCGGUCUGAUGGGGGGACUGUGGUGCAUCUAUUAUCAUACAGGGGCACGUCCAGCACUUCUUGGAGCAGAAAGUCAUUUAACAGAUCCCGCUGAUGAAGUCCCCAACAUCUGGAAUCCACCAUCACUGUCUGAUCAGUCAUCCAGUUCGGUGUAGAGGAUUUCCUGCAAAUCUGAGAAAGGAGAACUGGGACAGAGGUUUUAACAGCUGCCUGUGUGCGUGCAGAGCCAUGUUUGUGCACCCCUUCAUUGUUCAUUGCUGUGCAGCAGCAGAGGACAGAAACCUUGUGAAUACAGUAGUACCUACUCAUCACUGUAUUGUCAGAUGUUUGAUUCAAAGUGAAACUUGUUUGUUUGAUGCUGCUACCCAUUCUACAUCAUGUCAUUUCAAAAGUGGCAGCGAGCUGUCUCAUGGAGAGACGUUAUCUGGAUUCAACAGGAUCUAACUUGGUUGAUUUGACUCAAACAGAAACCAUCAUCAUCGCUUUCAAACAAGCAACACAAGGUCACAGAAGAAUUGAGAGGUUACUGUGUGUGUCUCUCUGAAGAGUCAAUGUUUUACAGAGUCAUUUUCACUAUUUGUGUUGUAACUGUGAAUCAGCUGGAAACUGCAUUUAUCUGUAUGUGAAUUGUUUUGUGUUUAUGUUGCAAAUAAAAUGUAUUAAA